UUGACUAUUGCCCACUAAGCAUGGAGUGACACACUUAAUGCAUUUUGCUAAACAAAUUCUUUCCCUGACAUUUUCAUCUCUCCAAGUUCUAUUUAAAGAGACCGAACCGGAGCUGAUGAGACUGGAUCCCCUGCCCCACAUUUCUGUGAUGGGUUUUCCCCAAACCAGACAAAUAAUGGUCCUUGACCUGCUGCUGUGCUGGAGCUUUGGCUGUGCAGCAGCCCUCGAACCCACAUGCCUCUCGGCUCAGUUUAGAAGGCCUGGUGAUUAUAUCCUAGGAGGCUUGUUCCCUUUGGGAAGGGACAUCCUAAACCUGACAGCACGAUCGGAGCCCACCUUAGUUGUGUGUGAAAGGUUACAUGUAGAUGGGCUCAUAUGGGCUCUUGGGAUGAAGUUUGCUAUCGAUCAGAUCAACAACUCCACCUCCCUUCUCCCGGGAGUAAAGCUGGGCUAUGACAUGUACGACACGUGCUUUGAGCCAGCCGUGGCCCUGAAGCCCAGCCUGCUAUUCCUGACCCAGAACAGCACCACGGGCAUCGGGGUCCUCUGCAACUACAGCGACUACCAGCCUCGAGUGACCGCUGUCAUCGGGCCGUACAAGUCAGAUCUCUCCAUACUAACAGCCAAGCUGUUCAGCUUCUUCUGGAUCCCACAGGUCAGCUAUGGAGCCACCACUGAGAAGCUCAGCAACACGGAGCAGUACCCAUCCUUCUACCGUACUGUUCCCAGUGAUAAGAACUUGGUGGAAGCUGUAGUCCUGCUACUGAACAAGUUUGGAUGGAACUGGAUUGCCACCAUUGGAAGUGAUGAUGAAUAUGGCCGAGGAGCCCAGGAGCAAUUUUUAAGCAUAGCUGAAAAUAACAGCAUCUGCGUUGCAUUUGAGGGGAUAAUUCCUACACGCUUUGCAGACCCCGAUGCCCAAAACUACCUGGAAUACAUCAUUAGUUUAAUUAACAAGACCAAAGUCAACACCAUUGUCCUUUUUGCCCAUAGUGCGUCAGCUCACGCCUUGCUGGAACACAGCAUCAGGUUGAGACUGGGCAAGAAAGUCUGGAUUGGCACUGAAACCUGGAUAUUGUCUGACAUAGCCACCUCCAUCCCAAAUAUUCAGAGCAUUGGGACAGUCUUAGGCUUUAUUAUGAAAACAAGCCCCCUCCCUGGCUUCCAGGAAUACGUUGCUGACCUCUUUACCUCUGUUCAGCAGGAGAAGUUUUGCCAGGAGUCAAGAGAACUCAACCACGUCCUGAGCCCGGACACGCCGGACACGCACUGCAGGCAGUGCGACCACAUCUCACUGCAGGACGUGUCGUCCACACUGAGCCGAGCACAAGUAGAGCCCGUGUACGUCGCUGUCUACAGCGUGGCCCACGCACUGCACCGAGCCCUGGGGUGCACCCAGCGCGCGUGUCCCAGAGCACCCGUCAGGUCUUGGCAGCUGCUGCAGUUCAUGAAUACCUUCCCCUUCAAGGUGAAUGGCCAUGAGAUCAGGUUUGAUCAAUCCCAUGGCACAAACACUGGCUACAAGCUUAUAUUCUGGUCCUGGAAAAAUGACACCCUUCAGUAUCUGCCUGUGGGCGACUAUGAAGAGUCCUUGUACAUCAAUGAGUCCCAGAUUCAGUUUCACACUAAGAAUCAAAAGGAGCCUGCAUCAGAGUGCUUCACACAGUGUAAACCAGGACAGAUCAGACAAAUAAAAGGAUUCCACUUCUGCUGCUAUGACUGUGCAGAUUGUCCAGAGAACAGCUUCUGGAGCGCUAAAGACAGCUCCACGUGCACUGCCUGCCUCCAGCACCAGUGGUCCCCUGCCCGCAGCACGCGAUGCUACGACCGCAGCGAGAAGUACCUGUUCUGGAAUGCGCCCCUCACCAUUGCCUUGCUGACGCUGAUGUGCAUCACCGUGACUCUGACUUGUCUGGCAGCAGUGCUCUUCCUAAAGAACCUUGAGACUCCCCUUGUGCAGGCCUCUGGAGGCAAACUGAGCCUCUUUGCCUUGUUCACACUCCUGCUGCUGUGUCUCAGCUGCUGUCUCUACAUAGGGAAGCCCAGCAGCAACAUCUGUAUGAUCCAGCCCAUAACCUUCACCCUGUGCCUCAGCGGUUGUUUCUCCACCUUCUUCAUCAAGUCCCUUGAGAUCGCCCUUGUGACAGAGUUCCCUCACUGUGCCCCCGCCUUCCUGCACUGGAUGACCGAGAGGAGGGCCUGGCUCCUUGUUGCCCUGUGCCUGCUCCCCGAGUGCUUGUUCUGCUUUGGCUACUUUCACUUGGGCCCUGACUACCUGGUGGUUGACUACAAGUCGCUGCCCACCGAAGUUAUGCUCAUGUGUAACACAGAGUCCUGGUUUGCCUUUGCUCUGAUGCACGGCUACAACGGCUGCUUAGGCUCUGUCUGCUUCCUGUGCACGUUCAUGGUCCAAGCCUCUGGGAACAAGUACAAUUUUGCCAGAGGGAUCACAUUUGCCUUCCUCAUCUAUUUCAUCAUCUCUAUCUUCUUCGUUGCUAUAUUUGUCACACUCAAGACAGUGCUCAGAUCUGUGGUUCAGAUUAGUACCAUUCUGAUAACCAGUCUGGAUAUCCUGGUGACCUACUACGCCCCAAAAUGCUACAUCAUCUUGCUUAAGCCUCAUCUCAACACAGUGGAUUAUUUCCAGAAUUCCAUCGAAGAGGAGCCAGAGGACUCCUCAGUAAAGAGACAAUAAACCAGACCCACCAUCACCUCCUCCUCGAUAGAAGCUGCCUGUAUUUGAAUGAGAUAAUGCUGUUUAUGAUGACCCUAUGGUCCCAGACACAAUCGCCACACAAAAUACAGCCUCAUCCAGUAGGCUGGACGCUAAGAGCAGAACUUAUAAGCUGCAAAGCACAGGGUUCUAAUCAAUGAGCUAAAGCAAAACACCCCAAGCAGGGCAGCAUCCAUCCUCUGUAGCUAACUGCCUGUUUCACCACCCACAAGGCUAGGUAACUGCUCCAGAUAUAUCCAUGCAUCCUUUCCCAGGCCUUGAAAGAACUUUCAAAGAUAUUCAACCACACAGUAACUAGAAAACUAAAAGAGAAUUGUCUGAAAAGGUGUGAGAUUAUAGACCACAAAUAGAGUAUCAUUAAUCACGAGGCUUUAAGAGUACCUAUCUACGCAGGAUCCUCUAUAAAGACCCUCUCCUAGCAAACAACAGCAGAAAACAGCUCCUGUGCAGGUCUGCUCCUGUUAGGUACAGGAGGUAGAUGAGGGGAGGUAACAGACAGAACCAAAAGGUCCCGCACUAUCACUGCAGUCUGUACACAUCUACGUGUGUCUGUGCACUUGCUUUAUUAAAAGUGGAGUCAAUGACAUCCUACAGCUCUGGGUCCCUUUUUCACCAGCUACACUCAAUGCAAACUUUUCACCACCUGGGCUGUGAAACUGGUUCUAAUGACCACCAGGAUCCUUGAUACAACCUUCCCCACUGUCCCUGUAAAUACGAUGCUGUGACAGAACACACUGAUCCUCUGGGCUGCCCUCUCUAUUUAUACAGAGGGGUUACAAGUUAUCAGGUUGGUACUGAGUAAGUUCUGCUCAUUUUGAUUGAGGUUUAGAGGAUACCUGGAAAGGUACACAGGAAGAACAUAGGAGAAGAGUACACAAAGAAAUUGGUGUGUCACACACAAACUGAGGUACAAGGAAACAACU